AUGCGGCUCACGACCAGCAUCGGCAUUGCCCUCGCACUGCUUGACAGUGCGGCAUCGCUCCCAGUCGGUGAGGAGCAGAGACCUCUUUCUUUGCCUGAUGAAGCUCUCGAGAGACCAAUGCCCUAUGCGCAUUACUCUGUUCAGUCAACCAUCCGAGAUGUCCUAGUGGAACAUGACAUUAUUGACGAUGUACUCGACGACUUUGAGCCAUCCUACUAUCUCGACAUCAACUACCCAAAGUCCCAUGAGACGGUCCUUCUCGGAAAUGACCUUCCGGUCGAUGCCGUCUCGAGCAGGCCGGUCUUCACUUUCCAUUCGAUAGACAACUCAUUCUAUCCAACUCGACGAAGAUCCAAAAAGUCCGACCCUUGCACCACUCGGACAGAACGCAAAAAGUCCACAUUCACGCUCAUCCUUACUGACCCGGAUGCAAAGUCACGCGACAACCCCAAAAUGUCCGAAAUGUGUCACUGGAUCCUUACCAACCUGACGACUCCGAUCGAACUGCCGUACGACCUGCAGGAGCCUCUGAAAGCCAAACCCGGCGAAAUCGAGGAAUACCUCCCACCUGGCCCGCCACCGAAGACAGGCGCCCACCGAUACGUGUUUGUGUUGCUGGAAGGCGAUACAGCCAACCUGAACCCUCCUGCAGAAAGGCCGCAUUGGGGCUACGGCAAGCCUCGCCACGGUGUGCGAGACUGGGCCAAGGAGAACGGCUUGACUGUGGUGGGCGCCAACUUUUUCUUCGCGCAGAACGAAAAGCAAUGA